GUUAAGAUAUUGCGUAGUUAGAUUUGGUGGAAAUAGCUAGAACUUAACUUGAAAGUGCAUAAACUAUAGGUUUUCGGUGGAUAUCUCUGAUUUAUGUUCUUCGCUGUGGUUUGCAUGUUGUUUGGUUUGGCUAAUGAGGUUGCAAUUUUUUAUUUUUCGGGUUUGUUGGUUGUCGAUCGGAGGUUCCGUGAACGCAUAUUUCUAGGAUUAGGAUUUUGGUUGAAAGAAAAAACAGGGAAGAAAUGGGCCAAUAGUUGCCCAUCUACAGCUUCGUGGCUCCAGAUUGAGGGUUCAGAUAUUCUAAAGCUUGCUCCCUUGAGGAACUGGAAAUCAAUCAUGAGUUGCCUCGACUAUUGCAAUGACGAUGAUAUGCAAUGGGCUUCUAACAAUGCACAGUUCACAGGAAAUAAUGCAUCAGAUAUUGAACUUGCAAGUAGAAGACUGUGGGGAAGUUGGAAAGCAGGUGACAAGGCAAUAAAGGGAAUUGCUCCAAUUGAGACCUCCUAACCAUCGAGAAGGAGCAUAUUCAAGACAUCCCCAACUACUGCAACGAUUUC